AGGUGAUCGCGAUGGUCGCAGAGGCAGUGUGGCUAGAGCUGUGGAUGAGUACGGUAGUGUCACAUCCUACUCUCCGUCACUCCUCACCCGCACUGACACCCUCGAGUUAAAACCUCUCUGAUUGGUGUAUUGUAUAUAAAUAAUAUAAGAACUGAUAAGUUACGUGAUAAACCAAAGAACUGUUUUUGCCAAAGAAGCUCAACACAUCCUAAGAAAAAAGCAAUAUUAAUGGAUAAGGAACAGUGGUGAAAAUUAGUCUCCGAGUUGCCGUGGGGAAGCUCGGGCGAGACGGUGGUGUGCCUUACCGGGGCGGAAUCGUGCUCGCCUGAGUUCAAGGCCCAGGAUGGGGGGCAAGUGCUGCCUCCUCUGUAACGCGCCUUACGGGGCCUACCGGGGAUACCCAGAUGUUAAACUUGGAGAAAGUCUACCUCGCCGGCUGGAAACCAACCCCACCUCUUCAUCGGGGACUCAGGGAUCCGGCCACACCCACACCCACCUGCACGCCCAUCACCAAAACUAUCAGCACCAUUCCCACACCCACCACCAGAACUACCAGCACCACCCACACCCACACUCCCAGAACCAGUACCACCACUACAAGAGCGACGACCUACACAAGUACCACCACUACCAGGGACAGAACUACCAAAGCAACGGACCGUCUUACUCCAACUACCACGGGGGACACGGCUACCAUCAAAACUACCAGGAGAACCCCUCCAGCUACACCAACAACUAUAAACAUGCUCAAAAUCGCGCCGCCACCAACUACCAGGAGGGUCAGCAGCCGCACCAGACCACCGUAAUCGCAGACUACAACACGCUCAGCAGUCAGCACAGCAGCGGGAGAGGCAAUGGCACUUAUAGAUCAGGCCACUACGACUUCCAGGAUUAUCAUAACUACAAGAACCACCAGCAGGACUACAAGCAUCACCAGCAAGAGUAUAAGCAUCACCAAGAUUAUAAGCACCACCAGCAAGAUUACAAGCAUCACCAGCAGGAGUACAAGCAGCACCCCGAGUACGCCACGUAUGACAAGCACCUGCGCCCCCACGACCAGCGGCUCAACGGGCGCCUGCACGGGGAUCUUCACCAGCAGCAGCAGUUCUCAGAUUCCGAGCUCACCGUGUCGAAACGGCGUGCUCGCCGCACUCCGAGCCGUGCGGGGGAAGGCGGGCGGCCUACAUCCCUCCACACCACUCCGCAGCACACCUUCUCCUCUACUUCUCAUAACACCGUUCCGCACCAUCACCAUCACCAUCAUCACCACCACCACCACCUCCACCGCCAGCAGCAGCAGGCAGCACUGACGGCGGCACCGCCGGGUCAGGAUAGCGUGGAUGUGCGGGGUCUGCAGGGACUGAGUGCUGGGGAGUUGCUGGGCAAGACUCACGAGGAGUUAGUAUUGCUCCUCAUUCAACUCCGACGCCACCACGCGGCCCUGCAGUCAGCGAGGCACCACUCCCGCGUCGAGAGGGACUCCCAGGCCCGCCUGGCACAGCUAGACGGGGAGCACCGUGACGACCACCUGCGCCGCCUGGCCAGUCUCAAUCACCACCUGCACGACCUUGACAAGCAGUACGAGAUGGGCAAGCCUCUCAUCAACCUAGUGGAUAACAUGGUCAAGCUGGGGUCCCUGUACCGCGGGGGAGACUCUAGACUGCCCGCCCACCAGGACCCGCGAGCCAGACCUUACUAUCAGGUAAAUGGCUUUGAUUCACUUCAGUUCUCUCGAAGAAUACAAGAAAGAAGAAUAGUGGCUGAGGAUUUACAGCUGCAGGAGCAUGAGUUGGCAGCUGCAGACCAGAGUGACCUGGAGGGAAAAGUGAUGCAAUUGUAUAAGUUGGACAAGAACCUGCACCAAGAAUCACUGACCAUUCAGAGCUUGCAGAGAGAGAAGGAGAUGCUGGAGCGUACCCUAGUUAAUCUACAGUCCAAGUCUCAUGGAGCAAAUGAAGGACCUGUAGAGCUUGAGCGCAGAAAGAAACAGAGACGACACUUGGAACAUGAGCUAUCCAAACUUCGUGCUCACCUUGCUGUAUCUGCAAGGAAACUUGAAGAAACUGCUGCUGAAAACAGUCGUCUUGAGCAUGAAAUGAUGAUGCUGAGACAGAAGAUUCAAAUAACAAUGGCCCGCAACUGUCAGAAAGAAAGUGUUGGCAGCACUGAAACACGCCACAUUGAAUCUGAAAUGAUGCGAGUGCAGACACUUCUGGAGGACUUACAGAGACGAAGAAUUGAACUGAGUCACCAGAUACAGAAGCUAACAUCAGCAAAUCCUGGGAUAGAGAUUCGACCUUCUCCAACUGGCGUGGUUGGCGCAGCUCCCAUACCAUCCAGGCGGAGAUCUCACAGCACCUGGCUGGAGACUGAUCUGGAUGCCAUGACCACCAGAGACAGAGGAAUGGACCCUCCAGAAACUGGCAGGCGGAGUAAUGCUCCCGUCUAUGUUAACGCAUCUGGAUAUGGAGAUGAGAUCAGUCCCAAUGAAUAUUCAGAAAGUCCUGACUUCAAUGAUUCUGACUACCCUCCACCACCACCUGCACCUGAGCACAUGCGCUCCUAUAACCAGCUCCUUGAUUAUGAAACUCCUUUAAUGGAUAAUUAUAACUCAGAUCAAAUAUAUCUCCACUCUCAGUCAUCUUUGGGAGAAGCAAAACAAAGACAGAUGUUUUUAAAUGGGGACAGCUCAAUGAGACCCAUGAUGACACUGGACCGUGAUGCUGCUGAUAACAAGCCAGAUGGAGAAGAGCAACAGCAUCCAACAAAUCACAUGGAUAUUAAUGAUGCUGAUGACAGAAUGAAGAGAUAUUAUGGAAUUCUUCCCAAAGAAAAACCUUUAGAAAUCAAAACAGUAAGGAUAGUCAAGAGGGAAUCGACAGAGAGAAGGAAAGAUCGCACAACAGGAAAGCGUGUAACAAUUGGGGACUCCAGCCUGACUCACCUGUUGGAAGACGAUGUGGAGAGUGAUGGCUUCUCAGAUAUGGAAAAUGAGGCUCCUCCCAUGCCCUCAUUUGCAUCCAGGUCUGCCUCUCUUCCUCGUAACUAUGGCCGUAAUGGUCCAGGGGAGAAAGUCAGCAUGAUGGCAGCCAUGAUGAGGACCAGUGUAGGAAAUGCUGGAACUAUGACUCGUCCAAGCAAUCUCGCACUGAGGAAAACAAACUGGAAAUCUAAAAAUGAGAACCCCAAAGACCGACCAUUAAGUGCACAUGAACAACUCUUUGGUUUCUCUCGUGAAUCUGAGCCAACACCCCCAGCCUCCCCUUCCAAGUCAGACCCACCCUCCCUUGUAUUCAAAAGUGCUGCUGCCAAAGAAAUUAUGAAGGAAAUGGCCUCUGAAGCUGAAAAGCAUCGCCGAGCAGUUCCAAAAGAGAAAAGAAGACACUUUACUAUCUCCAGUAGUCAUCCCUUAACUCUAGAGACAAGGGAUACAGGUGCUCAGGAGGGUGCCAGAUCUCGAGAUGACUGUGACAUGGAGUGUGCCUUAAGACCACGUAAUCAUCCUGAUGUUGUCAAGUCAACUUUAAGUACAAGAGAUCUCCGCUUUAAUGAAUCUACAAUCGACAACAUUCUUGGUGCUCCAAAUAAGAUUUAUAUUCCUGAGAGAUAUAUGCCAGAUGAAGAUGAUGAGAAAGAGCCUACUGAAGAAGAGCGGGUACAGAGAGAACAGAAGGCUGAGUCCAUUCGGAAAAUGUUAUCAGAGACCCAAACCACAGUGACAAAAGGUGAAGCAGAGGAAAGUUCAUCCAAGCAUGAGGGUGUUGCCAGCUCCACUGCACUGAAAGCCAAAGUUGCAGCAGAGAAGAAGGAGCGAGAACAUCUUCUUGCUCUGAACCAGAUCCUUGCACGCCAGGUCAUGGAGAAGAGCCGAGUAGUAGCAGUUCGAGCUCUUACUAUGUUGACCAAGCAACCAAGUUCUUCCGAUGAUGACCUCUCACCCAUGCAACCACUCCCUCUUGUGCAGCAACGGGAAAACUACCUCGUCUAGAGAACCAAGGAAUAAUCUCUGUAUGAUAGGUUGGAAAUGCCUUUACUUCAAUAUUUAGAAACUUACCUAGUCUAGCAUCAUGUUGUUUAUGACCAAAUAAAGUAAUUGUGGAAGAUUGUCAUUUAUAAAAAUUGUUACAUCCAAUGAUAAAUGUUUUGUGUUUGUAUGCACAUCAGUUUGUUUUGGAGUGGAACUCUGGAAAAUGUUCCAGGUAGACUGGAAAUCACAUCAUACAUACAGCAAAGUAAUCAUACCUCAGAAAUCAAAAGAUAAUCAAACAUGAAAAAAGCUUUGUAGGCAAACACUCUUGUCUUGAAUUUGAAAAAAGAACAAAAAGAUUGCAUAAUGUAAGAAUCAGUAAGAUUACGUAAUUCCAAAUACCCAGUACAUACAUUUUUGUGUGUUAGCAUAAUGAAAAUAUCAGCAGCAUAUAAAAGAUUUUACCUUAUAAUUUACCAUCAGCUUUUUAUUUGAACAUAGUUGAAAGUGUUUACUAAAGAAAUGUAAAUAGGAAUUAUUGCAACAAACAAAAAAAGUUGAAAAAAUUAUAUGAAAUACGUACAUGUGCUUAUUGUUAUUAAUGAGCAUGUUGUCGACUGUUUUCAGUUCUCAUUAAAAAGAUUCAUGUAAGUUACAAUGCAUAACACAUACAGAAAUCUGCCUUACAAGUCACUACGCAGAAGUAUGCCAAGUGUGAGAGAUGGAUACAGAGCAGCCUCCUCAUCAGCUCCUCAGAAUGUUUUGGUCAUACUCAAGAUGCUCACACACACAACGUCUCUAUCGUGAAAUCAAAUGCAGUUGUUAUAGAUCAGUGUAUCAUACUUAAAUCUUUCUGUAAUAUAUUUGCUCAGCUGCUCUUCCAAAUGGAGAUAGUAUUUUUUACAUACUUUUAUCCUAAAUUUAAUGAGUUCUACAUACAUAUUGUUAUAUAAAUAAUUAGCAAGAUACUGAAGUGAAGCCAAUCCCUAUUUCAGUAUUAAAGCUGACAUUCAACAUAAUACUGAAUGUCCACACACUUGAGCUUCCAAUGUUGUAUUGAAGGUGUUCCAGUAUCUCCAGUUUUAUGGUGAUUGUUGAGGAUUUUUACCAAUGAGCUACUUUGUCUUGAUCUAUGAAUCCAGUCUCGGUGCCACAUUAACUGGAGCUGGUUUGUCAGUUAUGUAGGAUCUACUUGUAUUGUUAUACUAUGUAUUUUGUAUGUAUUUUUAGGUACUAUCAUUUUGUAGUUUUUGUUGCAAGAGAGAAUGUUGUCUAACGGUUGCUAUUUUUCUAUAUAUUUACGUAAGAAGUCACCCACAGCUUGGAUACGCCACUACGGCAGCUUUUGUGUAGGUACUGUGAUUUUUGUAUCCUAAUGACUGACAGCCGGCUGCAAUAUAUGACGUAGUGUAAAUAUUUUAUAUUCUAUUACUAGGUAGAUUUUUUUAUUGAAGGUAUCUCUUGCAUUUUUUAUAUUUUGCCUUGAAGUAUUAUAUGUAUAUUAUUUUUUACUUAAAGGCCUAAAAAUUGAAACUAGCUUUAAAACUACAUUUAUUGUUACUCAAUACACAAAUUGAGUUCUUUCAGACAUAUCUAAGCAAUAAUGUUCUGUACGAUUUCUUCUCAACAUUACCAAGUAUUGAUAUCAGUGUGGUGAGACUGACAAAGAAAAUUUUAUCUAUUAAGAUUUUAUAUGCCUUCAGUAAUUAUGUAAGAAAUAUGAGAAAGACUGUGCUGUUGGUUAUAAAUAUCAAUGUAUAUUUUAACUGCUCCUGAACUUGUGUAUUUUUUACAAAAAGCUAUUGCCAUAUAUUGCCAGUACUAUUUUUUGAAAAUUGUGCAAAAGAUUGUAUUGUGCAAUAAAACCUGAUUGAUUGA